GACACCCAACGCGAUAACCUAACUUUUCGAUGCGGCGCUCCACGAAAAAUGCAGUUAGUGUGACACUCGACUCAAUGGAAGAUUGGCCAUGUGCACGUGAGUUGUAUAAUCAUGUUGAUAUACAUUCCAUUUACCUGCCAGGGUAGGAUAUUAAAAGUUACCGAAGCACUAGCCGAGUGCUCUUAAAAUAAAUGCUCAAUUGUCUCUUCCGAGACUUCUGUGCCGAAUCGACAAGUGGCUAUGAAAUUCCGAGUACAAGUUCCGCAGAGACGAUUAAGUGAAAUUUGUUAACGAUAAAUCAAAAUGGUACCUGUGUGACGUAAUACUACGAUGGAACGAUAUCUUAACGAUAAUACUCAUCGAAGCUUUAGGGUUCGAUAUUUCCAGUCAUAAAAAGAUUUAUCGGCUCGACGCAGUAAUUAUUAGGUCUUGUAGGUCUUACGAUAAGCUUUAUAAAAAUGUUCCUUCAACUCCUCGCUGAUUUUCUGAGCGUGGUAACGGUAACGUUAUGUUUCGUCCUAAAAAUCCCUCAGAUCUUGAACUUACUUAAAUUGAAAAGCGCCGUUGGGAUAUCUCUUUAUGGACUUCUCUUAGAAUUGACAAGUUACACCGUCAUGACGAGUUACAACUAUACAAACAAUUACGCUUUACUCUCCUAUCUGGAGUAUCCGGUUAUAUUAGUCCAAGAAUAUGUAUUAAUAUUUCUAGUGCUGAAGUACUUAAACCGAGUCAACGGCAAGAUGAUACUCGCUGCGGUUGCCUACUUUGUGCUCUUCGCAUGUUUCUUGCUUCGAGUUAUUCCAAAAGUCACUCUAACAUUUCUAGCGCCAAUGUGUACACCGAUAUCCGCAUCCAGCAAAGUGAUGCAGCUACUCACAAUCCUCCGAGCAAAGAACGCAGACUCGGUGUCCGUCCUCACUUGGCUUAUCUCUGCUUUCACGAACCUAACGAGAGUGUACACAAUAUGGAUGGACUCCGCAGAUGCAUUGUUGUUAGGGAACUUCGUAAUCUCCGUAACAUUGAGUGCCAGUAUAAUGUUCACUGCCAUGUACUACCAAAGACCCGUUAAACAAGAUUAAGAUUAAUCUUAUAUUUAAAAAUCAGAUAUAGUUAAAAUACUAUAUCUACUAUGUAUACAGAGAAGCUUUAUUUUCUUGAUAUCGAAAUGUUAUUGCAGUCUACGUAUAAUGUAUCUUGAAUCUAGUCUUAGACUUAUCGGUAGAUGUAUAGAUCAUGUUAAAUAUGUAUAUUAUGAGAGCGAAGGGGAUCUAUGAUCAAAAACUAUGCAACAGACGAUCAAAAGCAAUAAAAGAUACACAUUUCCUCAGGGUGUGCCCUGAUGAAGCGAA